GGACUCCAAACAUAUAUUCAUUUUGUUCUGACUGUGAGAAGCGUGAAGGGUGGAAAAGGUAGCCGGUCCAAGAUAAAGAGCUUGCUUCCAUACCACGAGGACGGGCUUGCGCCAGUGGCCGCUCGAACCUUUCUCUCCUUUUUACGACCAACUGCCGGCAACGUCGAGCAUAGCGACGACGACGACGAUGACCACCGCCAUGACCAUGGCCAUCCCAGGCGUAACGAUAUCUUCUCUGCCUAUCUUCAUUCUCAGAGUUCUUUCACCAGCAUUCGUACUGCUCUCCACUUUGUCUAUCGUACCAGCACGCCCUUCCUCGCCGCCAUCGGCUUCUCCCAUAACUCCCGUCGUCGUCGCUACUCGUACACCCCGUCGUGCUGUUAUUCUUGCUCUACUUUCUCUUUCUGGCCUCACGUAUCUUCUCGACGGUUUGACAUUUGUCGUUUUUGCCGUCCUCUCCAAGACAUGGUCCAACUUUACGGGUAUUGAAAUUGCCGCUAUUGAAGGUCUCGUUGCGUUUCUUGGAUUGGCAGCCCUGGGGACAUGGAAAGACAUCAAAGGGGUUGAUGUUUGGUCUUCCAAGAGAGUCAAAUUCGCUAUAAGUGCAGCCUUGGUGCUCGAUAUCGCACAAGCCGUAUUGUUUGGUUUGCGUUUUCAGAAACCUCUGUCUAUUAAAUGGCUUCUACACCUGUCUUUCACUGCAUUCCGAGUGUUGUUACUGGCACCUCUCCUGGUCGCGUUGCUCAACCCUCAUGUUGCCUACGAACCCACAUCAGCUGCUGACGAGGAGCAACGUUCUGACUCGAGCCUUCUCCUUCCUGCUGCGGAAGGAGCUGCGGCUUCUACUGGACUUUCUCCUCUCGAAAGUGAGGUUAGCAAGUAUGGUACAUUCCGCUUUUCGCGGUCGUUGUUCCCUGCUGCAUCUAGUCCGACUACCCGUACCCCAACACCUGCACCCUCUGCUUCACGCGUCCCCCAGCCCAAGCGCAAGGUAGUUCCUGAAGACCCCAAGGGGGAGAUUAACCCAGACCCUUCUUGGAGCGAAUUGUAUGACCGACUCAAACGUAUCACUCCCUACUUGUGGCCAUCAAAGAGUCGUGCCCUGCAAUUUUUGGCCUUCUUGUGUAUUCUACUCGUUGUUGUCGGUCGUUUUGUCAACUUCCUUACACCUCUCGCGUUUGCCGAAGUUGUGCGCAUCUUUGAAGAAGGCUCCAUACGCUCCCCUUGGCCGUACCUCUUUGCAUAUGUUGGAUUACGUUUCCUUCAGGCCAAUGGAGGUUUGGCUGCCCUUCGUGAUACCCUUUGGAUUCCUGUUAUGCAAUAUUCUGACCGGGAGAUGUCGCAACUUUCAUUCGACCACCUCCUCAACCUUUCAUUCGCCUUCCACACCCACCGUAAGACGGGCGAGAUCCUCCGUAUUCUGGAUCGUGGAGCAGCCAUCAACCAAACCUUGGAGAUCGUCAUGUUCAAUAUUAUACCUACUUUCUUCGAUAUCUUCAUCGCUUUGAUUUUCUUCUGCAUUUAUUUUGAAUGGACUCUGGCUCUGGUUAUUUUCUUCGUUAUGACAGCUUAUGUCGCCGCUAGUGUCAUCUUGACAAGAUGGCGUACUAAACUCAGGAGACAGAUGAAUGAACGCGAUGUUAUCACUCGUGGCAUUCACACUGAUUGCCUGCUCAAUUACGAGACUGUCAAAUAUUUCGGUGGAGAACAGCAUGAAGGCGAGCGUUACCGUGAUGCCAUUAGGCAAUAUCAGGCUUUGGAAUACCGAGUCAUGGUCUCGCUCAACCUGCUCAAUUUGGUGCAGAACUUCAUCAUUACUCUGGGACUUCUCGUUGGAUCUAUGAUCGUCGGAUAUCGUGUCACGACAGGCGCAUCUAAGCCUCACGAGUUCGUGUUCUUCAUCACUUAUCUCGCCCAGCUUUAUGGCCCACUCAACAUGCUCGGCUACAUCUAUCGUUCUGUGAACCAAUCCCUUGUUGAUACUGAGAAGCUGCUGAAGCUGCUCAGCGAGCCUACAGAGGUUAACGACAAGCCUGGUGCACCAGACCUCAUCGUCGAAGAUGGAGAGAUCGAAUUCGAUAAUGUGAACUUCUCCUACGAUGGGCGCAAUACGGCACUAAGGGGCGUCUCCUUCCGUGUUCCGAAACAUUCUUCCGUUGCAUUGGUCGGCGAGUCUGGUGCUGGGAAGUCCACCAUCCUGCGCCUGCUGUACAGGUUCUAUGAUCUCAAGGAGGGCGAGGGACGGGUUCUUAUUGACGGCAAGGACAUCCGUGAUGUUACUCAGGCCUCUCUGCGCAAGGCUAUCGGUGUUGUACCUCAAGACCCCGUUCUCUUCAAUGCGAGCAUCGCGUACAAUAUUGCAUAUGGCAAGUUCGGUGCCUCCAGGGAUGAGAUCGAAGCCGCUGCAAAAGCCGCUCAACUGCAUGAUAGGAUCAUGAGCUUCCCCGAAGGCUAUGAGACAAAGGUUGGCGAGCGCGGUAUUCGACUAAGUGGUGGAGAGAAACAGCGUGUCGCCAUUGCGCGUACCAUGCUGAAGAAUCCCCCCAUCUUGCUGUUGGACGAGGCUACGAGUGCGCUUGAUACUUCAACCGAAAAGGAUAUUCAGAAGGCGCUCCAGCAUUUGCAAGAAGGCCGGUCGUCACUUUCAAUUGCCCAUCGUCUUUCCACUAUCGCUGCCGCUGAUCUAAUCCUCGUCCUCAAGGAUGGUCAAAUUGUGGAACAGGGCACUCACAGCGAAUUGCUCGCUCACGACGGCGUUUUCGCCUCGAUGUGGGCUGAUCAAAUUUCAUCGUCUGAUGCUGCCUCGUCUCACAAGAAGGAUAUCUCUGGUUAUGCCGUCGACCAUGACGAGGAGCACGCAACCAAGACUGAGCAAGAUACGACUGACUUCGCGCCUUCUGUGGCGGCGCAGGUGACCACUGCUGCGGAAACGGCCGAGGGUGCUGAUCAGCAAGUUCAGGCAACCGAAAGUGCUCCCACUGCACCUGAAUCAACCCAUGGUGAACUCACGGCAGAAGCGUCCGAGGGUGCACAUAUUGUGAGAAGUGAGGCUGCCUCCACGUCCAGUGUUAGCGCCGCGCCAGUUGCAUUCCCUGCCUCAUCCAUCCACGGGCCGGAGCCAGAGAGGUUCCCAACCUCGGCAUCUGCUCCCAUAUCAUUCCCGACUUCUGAUAGCCCUCGUGGGACACCUAUCGCAUUCCCCGGUUCGGAGGGAGAUGCAUCCUCUCAGCACACGCCUUCAUUGGCAGAACGUGCACAAACUCCAGGGGUGACAUUCCAGAAUGUGGCCACGCCCCCACGAACCGGGACACCUGAUGUCGACCAGGACGGAAAGAGACGAAGGACGUUAUCGACACAGGGCAUGCAGAGACUGGCAAGAAGGAUCUCCCUCUCUGGUCGCCGGCAGGGUUCUAGCGGGUCAAAUAUUUUGACGAGUGCGAUUCAGGGAUUGAAGCGGGAGAAUACGACAGGGUCGAAGGACAAUGACAGCACAAAGGACAGCGUCCGUGCAUCGAAUGACGUGCCGAGGGAGAGCCCGACAGCGAGCGUCCAGAGUGACAUUGGCAAGGCAGCAAAGAGUAAGAAGAAGGAGAAGGAGAAGAAACGCAAGAGCACCAUAGGCUGAUUGCAUGCAUUCACUUGACGAACUGCUACGACUUUUAUGAACAUUGAUUUCCCCUGUACUCUAUUAAUGUGCUUGGACAAGCGUAUUCGCUGCACCCGUAGUACACGCAUUUUCUGGAUUAGCAUCUUCUUGUACCUAGCUUUCGAUUAUGAAUUAUGUUGUUGCAAUAAUAUAUCUCCUAG